UAAAUUGGACCAGAUAAACCGAUAUUAUUGUCUUUCUCCCUCUCUCCGCCUCCCCCCUCUCUAUCGACACCAGAUUCCCUGUUUGUGAGAUUAACUCCGAUUCGAUCGGCGACGGAGGAUCCGAUCCGAUUCCGAUCAGAUCCAUCUGGUACGAGGAAAAUCGUCCGGAGAUGACUCGCCGGUGUUCUCACUGCAAUCACAAUGGGCACAACUCUCGGACAUGUCCGAACCGAGGGGUCAAGCUCUUCGGUGUUCGUCUCACCGAGGGCUCGAUCCGGAAGAGUGCAAGCAUGGGAAAUCUCAGCCACUACACGGGCUCGAGACCGGGUGGGCAUAGCGGAACGGGGUCUAACAAUCCUGGUUCUCCAGGAGAUACCCCUGACCACGCCGCCGCCGACGGUUACGCUUCCGAGGAUUUCGUCGCCGGUUCAUCUUCCAGCCGCGAGAGGAAGAAAGGAACGCCAUGGACAGAGGAGGAGCAUAGGAUGUUCUUAUUGGGAUUACAGAAGCUGGGAAAAGGAGAUUGGCGUGGUAUCUCCAGGAACUACGUGACUACAAGGACACCGACGCAGGUUGCAAGCCAUGCUCAGAAGUACUUCAUCAGACAGUCCAAUGUAUCUCGCCGUAAAAGACGUUCUAGUCUUUUUGAUAUGGUUCCUGACGAGGUAUCAGAUGUUGCAAUGGAGCCACAAGAGGCGCAACCCGAGGACAGUCAUGCAGAAACUCAAAUGCAAGGCAGCGAUAAGCUUCCAGCUCCUGCUCCGUCGUCGAUUCUGGAAAUUGAAGAAUGUGAAUCGAUGGACUCCACCAACUCUAGCACUGGGGAGCCACCCGUCACAGCAGAGGACAAUACCCAGCUGCAACUGCCUGCUUCAUUCCCUGUAUUGUAUCCAACCUACUUCUCGCCUUUCUACUCUUUCACAUUCCCGGUAUGGCCAGCUGGGUAUGUUCCCGAGCCUACCAAGAAGGAGGAGAGUCACGAGAUACUUAGACCCACAGCCGUGCAUUCGAAAGCCCCCAUAAACGUGGAUGAGCUUCUGGGCAUGUCUAAGCUAAGUCUGGGAGAAUCAGAGCAGCAGCCACUGCCGUUGAACCUGGUGGGAGGGUCGUCCACAAGACAAUCAGCUUUUCAUCCGAGUCCGGCAUCAGGUGGCGGUUCGGACAUGAAGAGUGCGAUUCACGCCGUCUGAGGGCGGAUGGUUCUGUCUUUUGUGGGGAUUAGCGUAGCCAGAGUGACUUACCUUGGAUCGCAUAUGAUGAUGACUCCAUGGGGAUUUAGCCAGGUAUUUGUGAUAUCAUUUAACUUAAUAAAUAUUGUAUGUGGUUGUUUUAACUUUGUAGUUGUUCAGCUUUGAACAUUAGGAGUAAAACCCAAAGAAGGAAGGAAGAAAAAAAGAUUACGAUUUUUGUGGGAAUGCCUCUGUUUUGCUUUUGCAUGACGAAGAUGUAUUGAAACAGUUGGACUGUCACUGUAAUGGUUCCCAAAUAUAUUAUUAAUUUGGAAUUGUUACAUUA